GUUCCUGCUAUUCAGCAGAAAAGAACUGUAGCAUUUCUAAACCAGUUUGUGGUUCAUACGGUGCAGUUUCUCAACCGCUUUUCUACUGUUUGUGAAGAGAAAUUGUCAGCGCUCUCUCUCCGUAUCCAACAAAUUGAAACAACACUCAAUAUUUUGGAUGCAAAGUUGUCCUCUAUUCCUGGCCUAGAAGAUGUCAAAUUUGAAGUGUCCAGUGCAAAUAUGAAUAGUGUUACAAAUGGUCCUGUGGCACAAGCUACUACAGACCAACAGACAGCUGUAUCACCUCAAUCUGGACAGAACAAUGUACAUGAAGAAGGGUUACAGAAAACGGAGGCAGUAACAGAAAACGUCAGAACUGUGGCCAAGGAUCCAAGAUAUGCCAGAUAUCUCAAAAUGGUACAAGUGGGUGUUCCUGUAAUGGCAAUACGAAACAAAAUGAUUUCUGAAGGGCUAAAUCCAGAUCUUCUCGAGACCCCAGAUGCCCCUGUGCCUGCCUGGGGAGAUGAUGGGAAAGCAGAAGACAGUUCUGAUAGUGAAUCUUCAUUUAGUGACUGAAGAGGCUGAUUUCGGCCUUCGGAAACCUCUGUGAAGUGCUAAUGUGUUUGGAGCUGUAGCAGACUAUGGUUUUGCGUGGGUCACAUGGGUG